AUGCAUGCUUAUACAGUAUAUGAUUUUGUAAGACCAUUUGGCUGUUUUAUUCUCUUAGCAGCUUAUGAAAGUGAUGAACUACAAUUAUAUGGUUUUGAACCAUCUGGUGUUACAUAUAGUUAUUAUGGUAUUGCUGUAGAUAAAGCACAAAAAACAGCUAAGACAAUAUUCGAAAAACUUAAGUUACCGGUAUUAAAUUUGGAAUAUGCAGUUAAACAAGUAGCAAAAAUGUAA